AUGCCAGCAACCAGGUACAUAGACGCUUCUGCACGAGUGGUGUCCCGUGGUCCUGCUGCUGUUAGCAAGACUGGAGUCAUAAACCAUGAUUCUCCUGCGGCUCCUUUGCUAUCCCAGGACGUACUAAUUGUUGAACGACAGUUAGAGAUGAUGAACGUGUUUCUUGGCUAUGAACAGGCCAAUCGCUAUGUUAUCUUAAACCAUGAAGGUCAUCAUCUUGGAUAUAUAGCGGAAAGGGGACAUGCUUCGUUUCUUUCCAGUAUGUCUCGACAACUAUUCCAUACACAUCGUUCAUUCGUGGCUGACGUGAUGGAUGUGCAUGGCAAUCCUGUUCUACAGUUGCAAAGACCUUUUUCAUGGAUUAAUUCCCGUCUAAAUGUUAGUGCUUUCAAUAACUCAUCAGACCAGCCAUCAUUAGUUGGUGAAGUUAUCCAAAAAUGGCACCCUUGGCGUCGUAAAUACCAAUUAUUCCUAGCCCAAUCCAAUAUAGUAGAUCAGUUUGCUGCUGUUGAUGAGCGAGUCUUAAGUUGGGAUUUCUUGCUACGUAACGCUGACAACCAAAUACUUGGAAGUGUUAAUCGUAACUUUAUGGGCUUGCCAAGAGAGUUCCUUACAGAUACGGGUAAUUACGUCUUGCGAUUUACGUCAAAAGAUGCCAAUUUAGGUAGUGUUGAAAACAAUCAACUGUUGCAAGCCGCCGAAGGUGAUACUAGCCAAGUUUGCUCGCGCGAGAUGAGUUUAGAGGAAAGAGCUGUUAUGCUUGGGUCCGCUGUGACUAUUGAUUUCGACUAUUUCAGUCGUACUAAUAGCCCUGCAGCAGGUUUUACUUUUCCAAUUAUGUUUGGUUCCUCUUCUCCAGAAAAUGAUUACCAAUCAGAGGAUACAUCCGCUCAGGAGAUUCUUAAAGACGAACAAAGUCCAAAUCAUUCGUCAACUGAGAACACCAUUCAUGAACAAAAGUCUCCCUUUCUUUCCGAUGGUGACCUAGAUCGCCCUGGUGAUUUUUGGGAUGUUUUUGAUCAGGACGCAGAGGACAGGUGGUAA